GCCGGUCUCUAUACAAAAGCCGCCACCAACUGGCCCAUAUGGCCACCUCGGAGCCGUCCCCUGUACGAAAACCCAACCAUGGCCUGCCUGAGCCGCCCAGUGAGCAAGGCCCACCUGCCAACUCGCCCAUAUGGCCCUCAGAAGUCCCCUCUAUGGAAAAAGGCCACCAUGGCAUGCAUGUACUCAUCAGAGCCGCCCUCUAUGCAAAAGCUUUCAUGGAGCGGAGCUCCGAGGGGCCAUGGUGGGGCAUUUGCA